AUGACCGGGGCCAAAAGUUCCGUGUCCGGUAGACAAGAACUACGUUUGGAGGGACUAUGUUUCAAAUUUGAAGCAGAUACACUGAGGAGCUGGAGGGAUGCUGAAAUCGACUGUCAAUCAGAUCAUGGUCAUUUGGUGAAGCUCGACUCUUCAGCCAAGAAUGAACUCAUUGUUAAGUUUGCACAGGAGCUCAGACUAGAAGUUGGCAAACUCGUGGGAUUUAACAUUGGAGCAAAGGAUGGGGACGAAAACGGCCACUGGACCUGGUACGACAACACUCCUGUGUCGAGUCCCAAAUGGGGACCUAACGAACCUAGUGGGGAUGGCUACUGCGCUCAGAUAUUAAGUGCACAUUCGUAUAGAUGGAAUGAUGUCAAUUGCAGUGACUCAUGGGGGUACAUUUGUGAAAUUCCAAUGUGAAGAACUGUGAAAUAUGAUAGAAACAAACAGAAAUCUCUUUAACGCAAAGUGAUGCCGAUACAAGGUUAAAUUUAAAUACCCAUUUUUAAGACCCAUUCUACCCCGGAAUCUUCACGGGUCGACAGUGCCUAUAAAAUAAAUAAAUAAAUAAAUAAGGGGAGAAGUUUGAUUGUUUCAACCGAUUUGUAAGGAAAUGGCUGUGAAAGCUACACUGUCU